AUGGCUUGGGAAAUAACAAACGACUUGUUUCUACUUGAGAAUCAGCUUCCUUGGUGCGUGCUUGACCGUUUGUUUAACCUGACCCAAUCAAAUGCUGAACGAAGGUCCCUGCUCAAUCUUCUUAGCUCGUUUCCCCUAUAUGUCCUACGCACUCGUGAUGACCACCAAAUCCAAUACAAGCAUUUACUUGACUGCCUCCUAACCUCUUUCGCUGAAACAUACACAGUAACACAGGCUGAUCACUUGUCAUUCUUAAAAGUGGAUCCCAUUCCGUCUGUGACCGAGCUUUUGAAAGUUGGAGUCAGAUUCCAAACUCGAUAUGAGGAAAACUCGCUCAAUGUAACUUUCAGAGAUGGAGUAAUGACAAUCCCACGAACGAAAGUGUCGGAGAUCACAGAAUGUAUCUUCGUAAACCUUGUCGCAUUUGAACAUUGUGAUCCAAGCAAGGUUCAUAAAAUUACCUCUUAUCUUAAGCUCUUGAAGGACCUUAUUAACACUACCAAAGAUGUAGAUUUUCUCAAACAGCGAGAAAUUCUAGCAAUGUCUUUGAGCUCCGAGACAAUAGCAAGUGUCUUCAACCGGGUUUAUAAUGAUGCUUAUGACUAUGUUUUCCUUUACACAGACCUCUACGAUGAAGUGAAUGCAUAUUAUAGGCGUCGUCGGAACAGAUGGCGAUAUAUUUUGAAGCAUGAUUAUUUUAACAAUCCAUGGACAAGCUUGUCUGUCAUAGCUGCAACCCUGAUUCUACUUUUUACCCUUUUGCAAACCACUUAUUCUAUCCUCUCUUACCAUCGACCACCGUCACCCACCUGUUAG